GGCCGCGAGUUGUCCGCACUGCGGCACGGAGUCGUGGCUUGCUCCCGAACCCCGGUCGCUGGCGGGUAAGGUGGCUUCGUGGCCGCCUCACUUCGCGCCCGCGCCGCUGGGCGCGGGGGAGUCGAUUUGCACUGUUCCGGGUGUCGGCUCGGGCGGGACGGGCAGUUCUUCCUACUCCUCCUCUCCAGUGUCAUCCUGGGGCUGAAUCUUCAACCCGUGAGAGCCUUCUUAAUUACGUGUGAGAAAAGGAUCCUGAUUGAGUCAAUGCUUUACAUUUUCAGUCCUCUGCAUAAAGCUGAGAGAUGCCUACUGCUGAGAGUGAAGCAAAAGUAAAAACCAAAGUUCGCUUUGAAGAAUUGCUUAAGACUCACAGUGAUCUAAUGCGUGAAAAGAAAAAACUGAAGAAAAAACUUGUCAAGUCUGGAGAAAACAUCUCACCUGACACUAUUAGAAGCAAUCCUCACUGUAUUAAAGAAACUACAAGUGAUGAUCCUGACACUGUUAGAAGCAAUCUUCCCCAUAUUAAAGAAACUACAGGUGAUGAUGUAAGUGCUACUAACACUAACAACCUGAAGAAGACCAUGAGAGUCGCUAAAAACAAAUUGAGGAACACACAGUCAGCAACUGAAAAUCCUAAUGAUGAUGUUAGUGUAGAGGAAGACAAACAAGGAAAGCCAAAUAAAAAGGUGGUAAAGACGGUGCCCCAGUGGACUACACAAGACAUGAAACCGGAAACUCCUGAGAAGGAAGUUGAUUCUACACACCAGAAAGCGCAUACAAAGCCACAGCCAGGCAUUGAUCAUCAGAAAAGUGAGAAAGCAAAUGAGGGAAGAGAAGAGAAUGAUUUAGAAGGGGACGAAGAACUGAUGCAAGCAUAUCAGCGCCAUGUAACUGAAGAAAUGGCAAAGGAGAUUAAGAAGAAAAUAAGAAAAAAACUGAAAGAACAGUUGACUUACUUUCCCUCAGGUACUUUAUUCCAUGAUGACAAAUCAAGCAGUGAAAAAAAGAAAAAGAAAAAGAAAGUUCCAGUCUUCUCUAAAGCUGAAACAAGUACAUUGACCAUCUCUGGUGACACAGUUGAAGGUGAACAAAAGAAGGAAUCUUCAGUUAGACCAGUUUCUUCAGAUUCUCAUCAAGAUGAUGAAAUAAGCUCAAUGGAACAAAACACAGAAGGCAGCAUGCAAGAUGACACAAAACCUAAACCAAAAAAAACAAAAAAGAAGGCUAAAGCAGUUACAGAUGAUAACAAAGAUGUUGAUGGUGAUGGUGUUCAUGAAAUAACAAGCCGAGAUAGCCCAGUCUAUCCCAAAUGUUUGCUUGAUGAUGACCUUGUCCUGGGAGUUUACAUUCACCGAACUGAUAGACUUAAGUCAGAUUUUAUGAUUUCUCACCCAAUGGUAAAAAUUCAUGUGGUUGAUGAACAUACUGGUCAACAUGUCAAGAAAGAUGAUAGUGAACGGCGUGUUUCAUCUUACUAUGAAAAAGAGAAUGUGGAUUAUAUUCUUCCUAUUAUGACCCAGCCAUAUGAUUUUAAACAAUUAAAAUCAAGACUUCCAGAGUGGGAAGAACAAAUUAUAUUUAAUGAAAAUUUUCCCUAUUUGCUUCGAGGCUCUGAUGAGAGUCCUAAAGUCAUCCUGUUCUUUGAGAUUCUUGAUUUCUUAAGCAUGGAUGAAAUUAAGAAUAAUUCUGAGGUUCAAAACCAAGAAUGUGGCUUUCGGAAAAUUGCCUGGGCAUUUCUUAAGCUUCUGGGAGCCAAUGGAAAUGCAAACAUCAACUCAAAACUUCGUUUGCAGCUGUAUUACCCACCUACUAAGCCUCGAUCCCAAUUAAAUGUUGUUGAGGUGUUUGAAUGGUGGUCAAAAUGUCCAAGAAAUCGUUACCCAUCAACACUGUAUGUAACUGUAAGAGGACUGAAGGUUCCAGACUGUAUAAAGCCAUCUUACCGCUCUAUGAUGGCUCUUCAGGAGGAAAAAGGUAAACCAGUGCAUUGUGAACAUCACCAUGAGUCAAGCCCAAUAGACACAGAACCUGGAUUAGAAGAGUCAAAAGAAGUAAUAAAGUGGAAACGACUCCCUGGGCAGGCUUGCCGUAUCCCAAACAAACACCUCUUCUCACUAAAUGCAGGAGAACGAGGAUGUUUUUGUCUUGAUUUCUCCCACAAUGGAAGAAUAUUAGCAGCAGCUUGUGCCAGCCGGGAUGGAUAUCCAAUUAUUUUAUAUGAAAUUCCUUCUGGACGUUUCAUGAGAGAAUUGUGUGGCCACCUCAAUAUCAUUUAUGAUCUUUCCUGGUCAAAAGAUGAUCGCUACAUUCUUACUUCAUCAUCUGAUGGCACUGCCAGGAUAUGGAAAAAUGAAAUAAACAAUACAAAUACUUUCAAAGUUUUACCUCAUCCUUCUUUUGUUUACACGGCUAAAUUCCAUCCAGCUGUAAGAGAGCUGGUAGUUACAGGAUGCUAUGAUUCCAUGAUACGGAUAUGGAAAGUUGAGAUGAGAGAGGAUUCUGCCAUGUUGGUCCGACAGUUUGACGUUCACAAAAGUUUUAUCAACUCACUUUGUUUUGAUACUGAAGGUCAUCAUAUGUAUUCAGGAGACUGUACAGGGGUGAUUGUUGUUUGGAAUACCUAUGUCAAGGUUAAUGAUUUGGAACAUUCAGUGCGUCACUGGACUAUAAAUAAGGAAAUUAAAGAAACUGAGUUUAAGGGGAUUCCAAUAAGUUAUUUGGAGGUUCAUCCCAAUGGAAAACGUUUGUUAAUUCAUACCAAAAACAGUACUUUAAGAAUAAUGGAUCUCCGGAUAUUAGUAGCAAGGAAAUUUGUAGGAGCAGCAAAUUAUCGGGAGAAGAUUCAUAGUACUUUGACUCCAUGUGGGACUUUUCUGUUUGCUGGAAGUGAGGAUGGUAUAGUGUAUGUUUGGAACCCAGAAACAGGAGAACAAGUAGCCAUGUAUUCUGACUUGCCAUUCAAGUCACCUGUUCGAGACAUUUCUUAUCAUCCAUUUGAAAAUAUGGUUGCAUUCUGUGCAUUUGGGCAAAAUGAGCCAAUUCUUCUGUAUAUUUAUGAUUUCCAUGUUGCCCAGCAGGAGGCUGAAAUGUUCAAACGCUGCAGUGGAACAUUUCCAUUACCUGGAAUACACCAAAGUCAAGAUGCCCUGUGUACAUGCCCAAAACUACCCCAUCAAGGCUCUUUUCAGAUUGAUGAAUUUGUCCACACUGAAAAUUCUUCAACAAAGAUGCAUCUAGUAAAACAGAGACUUGAAACUGUCACAGAGGUGAUACGAUCCUGUGCUGCAAAAGUCAACAAAAAUCUCUCAUUUACUUCACCACCAGCAGUCUCCUCACAACAGUCUAAGUUAAAGCCGUCAAACAUGCUGACCGCUCAAGAGAUUCUACAUCAGUUUGGUUUCACUCAGACUGGGAUUAUCAGCAAAGACAGAAAGCCUUGUAACCAUCAGGUAGAUACAGCACCAAUGGUAGUGGCUCUUUAUGACUACACAGCGAAUCGAUCAGAUGAACUAACCAUCCAUCGCGGAGACAUUAUCCGAGUGUUUUUCAAAGAUAAUGAAGACUGGUGGUAUGGCAGCGUAGGAAAGGGACAGGAAGGUUAUUUUCCAGCUAAUCAUGUGGCUAGUGAAACACUGUAUCAAGAACUGCCUCCUGAGAUAAAAGAGCGAUCCCCUCCUUUAAGCCCUGAGGAAAAAACUAAAAUAGAAAAGUCUCCAGCUCAUCAAAAGCAAUCAAUCAAUAAGAACAAGUCCCAGGACUUCAGACUAGGCUCAGAAUCUAUGACACAUUCUGAAAUGAGCCAAGAACAGAGCCAUGAGGACCAAGGACACAUAAUGGAAACACAGGUGAGGAAGAACGAGCAAGCAGGCCAAAAAGUCACUCUAAUAGAGUAAAGAAUUGAAGAAAAGUGAAGAGAUGCCCAAAUGCACAGAGGUGAAAAUGACAAAUUAAACCAAAUGGAAUUUCUCUUCAGAGUUCAGAAUUUUCAGAUAUUAGGGAGGAAGAAAGGAUCCACUACUACUUGUUCUUAUGAAUGACUCUAGAAA